CACUGCUGGCGGCGCGUGUGGAACGGUCUCCUCUCUUCCUCCCGUCCGAUUAUCUCUCAAAAGAUCCUAAUACGUGUUUUUUUUUGUAUUUCUAUUGCCUAACUUUAACUGGAUUCAUUAAGUGGACUGAUAGAUAACUUCUUGUCUUUCAAAUCUGGUUUUUAUUGGUAGUUUUUUUUUUUUUUGAAAGGACUCCUCUUCCAUCUGCAGCGCGCGGCGUGUGUUUCACGUGGAGACUCAUCAAUUCAUCCAUCACUUUUCCGGUUUACAGUUUUUAGCAUCUGAGAGAGAAAAAUGGCAACAUUGAUUUUAGAGGACGGGACCACCUUCAAAGGCCUUCUUUUUGGUGCAAAUGUGUCAGUGACUGGAGAAGUUGUGUUUCAGACGGGCAUGGUGGGCUAUCCCGAGGCUCUCACUGACCCUUCCUACCGCUGCCAGCUGCUGACCCUCACCUACCCUCUGGUGGGAAACUAUGGAGUACCGAAGGACGAAGAGGGGGAGUUCGGACUGAGCAAGUGGUUCGAGUCGUCAAAGAUCCACGCUGCAGCUCUGAUUAUCGGAGAGCUGUCGGACAGUCCCAGUCACUGGAGCUCAGUCAAAUCAUUGGACCAGUGGCUGAAGGAGCAAGGCAUUCCUGGAAUACAAGGCAUUGACACCCGCAGUCUGACCAAAAAGAUCAGAGAGAAGGGCACCAUGUUGGGGAAGCUGGUUGUGGACGGGACCCCUGAGAACAGUAUCCCCUUUGACAACCCAGACAAGAGGAACCUGGUUCAGGAGGUCUCCAUGAAGGAGCCCAGAGUUUUCAACCCCAGCGGGAGUUUGAGGAUCACAGUGGUGGACUGCGGCAUCAAAUACAACCAGAUCCGCUGCCUGGCUCAGCGGGGGGCCCGUGUCACUGUCGUACCCUGGGAUCACCCGCUGGACAGCAAAGAUUAUGAUGGUUUGUUCAUCAGUAACGGCCCCGGGGACCCCCUGCUGUGUCAGGCCACCAUCGACAACGUGAGGAAGGUGGUCUGCGUGGAUCAUCCGAAGCCCGUUUUUGGUAUUUGCCUCGGACACCAGCUGCUGUCUUUAGUCAUCGGAUCCAAGACCUUCAAGAUGAAAUACGGUAACCGCGGCCACAACCAGCCGUGCAUCCACAAGGGAACGGGUCGCUGCUACAUCACCAGUCAGAACCACGGCUUCGCUGUGGACCCCGGCACUCUGCCCAGAGACUGGGACGUCCUGUUCACCAACGCCAACGAUCACACCAACGAGGGCAUCGUGCACAACACCAAACCACUCUUCAGUGUUCAGUUCCACCCGGAGCACAUGGCCGGCCCUACAGAUCUGGUGGGUCUGUUCGAUGUCUUCCUGGACACCGUGAGGGACCACAAGGAGGGAAACGUGACCACAUCUGUGAAGCAGCGUGUCCUGGACCACCUCACCUACCCGGGCUCCCCGAAGCCUGAGGAAGUGUGUCGCCCCAAGAAGGUUCUGAUCCUGGGCUCUGGAGGACUCUCCAUCGGCCAGGCCGGGGAGUUUGACUACUCCGGCUCCCAGGCUAUCAAGGCUCUGAAGGAGGAGAAUAUCCAGACUGUGCUCAUCAACCCCAACAUCGCCACCGUUCAGACGUCCAAAGGCCUCGCUGACAAAGUCUACUUCCUGCCCAUCACCGCAGAAUAUGUCACUCAGGUGAUAAAGAACGAGCGUCCGGACGGCGUGCUGCUGACCUUCGGCGGGCAGACGGCUCUGAACUGUGGCGUGGAGCUCACCAGGCUCAGAGUCCUGGAGAAAUACAAGGUGAAGGUCCUGGGAACCCCGGUGGCCUCCAUCGAGAUGACGGAGGACAGGAAGAUCUUUGUGGAGAAGAUGGAGGAGAUCAACGAGCACGUGGCUCCAAGUGAGGCGGCGCUGACCGUGGAGCAGGCGGCGGCGGCAGCAGAGCGUAUCGGUUACCCCGUCAUGGUUCGUUCGGCCUUCGCUCUCGGGGGUCUGGGCUCGGGCUUCGCCAACAACCCGGAGCAGCUGGUCUCCCUGGUGACCGCCGCCUUCGCCCACACCUCCCAGGUCCUGGUGGACAAAUCCCUGAAGGGCUGGAAGGAGAUCGAGUACGAGGUGGUCCGCGACGCCUACGACAACUGCAUCACCGUGUGCAACAUGGAGAACAUCGACCCUCUGGGCAUCCACACCGGAGAAUCCAUCGUGGUGGCGCCCAGUCAGACGCUCAACGACCACGAGUACAACAUGCUGAGAAACACCGCCAUCAAAGUCAUCCGGCACCUCGGCAUUGUGGGAGAAUGCAACAUCCAGUACGCCCUGAACCCGGAGUCUGAACAGUACUACAUCAUCGAGGUGAACGCCCGUCUGUCCAGGAGCUCGGCGCUGGCCAGCAAGGCGACUGGUUAUCCUCUGGCGUAUGUAGCAGCUAAACUGGGCCUGGGGAUCCCACUGCCACAACUCAAAAACUCUGUCACCAACUCAACAACGGCCAACUUUGAGCCCAGUUUGGAUUACUGUGUGGUGAAGGUUCCUCGCUGGGAUCUGAGCAAGUUCCUCCGGGUUUCCACCAAGAUUGGCAGCUCCAUGAAGAGUGUUGGUGAGGUGAUGGCUAUCGGCCGAAGCUUUGAGGAGGCCUUCCAGAAAGCUCUGAGGAUGGUGGACGAGAACUGUGUCGGCUUCGACCACACCAUCAAGCCCGUCUCUGAAGAGGAGUUGCAGACUCCUACAGACAAGCGCAUCUUUGUUCUGGCGUCGGCGUUCAGAGCUAAAUACACAGUGGAUCAGCUGUACGACCUGACCAAGAUCGACCGCUGGUUCCUGCACAAGAUGAAGAACAUCACGGACCACGAGCAGCUGCUGGAGACCUACAACCAGGACGAGACUGCCAUGCCUCCAGAGGUGAUGAGAAAGGCCAAGCAACUGGGCUUCUCGGACAAACAGAUAGCACAGGCUGUGCAGAGCACGGAGCUUGUGGUGAGGAAGCUGCGUCAAGAUUGGUUGAUCCUGCCCGUAGUGAAGCAGAUCGACACGGUGGCGGCUGAAUGGCCCGCCUUCACCAACUACCUGUACCUGACGUACCACGGCACCGAGGACGACCUGGGCUUCGUGGAUCAGCACGUCAUGGUGAUCGGCUCCGGGGUUUACCGCAUCGGCAGCAGCGUGGAGUUCGACUGGUGUGCAGUGGGAUGCAUCACUGAGCUCAGGAAGAUGGGUUAUAAGACCAUCAUGGUGAACUACAACCCGGAGACGGUCAGCACAGACUACGACAUGUGUGACCGCCUCUACUUCGAUGAGAUCUCCUUUGAGGUGGUGAUGGAUGUCUACGAGAGGGAGAACCCAGAGGGGGUGAUCCUCUCCAUGGGGGGCCAGCUGCCCAACAACAUCGCCAUGUCCCUGCACCGUCAGCAGUGCCGCAUCCUGGGAACGUCUCCGGAGUUCAUCGACAGCGCCGAGAACCGGUUCAAGUUCUCCCGGAUGCUGGACACCAUCGGGAUCAGCCAGCCGCAGUGGAAGGAGCUCUCCGACACCGAGUCUGCCAUGAAUUUUUGUAAGAAGGUGGGUUAUCCCUGCCUGGUUCGUCCGUCCUACGUUCUGAGCGGAGCCGCCAUGAACGUGGCCUACACUGACGCAGACCUGGAGAAAUACCUCACCAACGCUGUCGCUGUGUCCAAAGAAUACCCCGUAGUCAUCUCCAAAUUCAUCCAGGAGGCCAAGGAGAUAGACGUGGACGCUGUGGCGUGUGACGGCGUGGUGAUCGCCAUCGCGGUGUCUGAACACGUGGAGAACGCCGGGGUCCACUCUGGAGACGCCACACUGGUGACUCCCGCGCAGGAUAUUAACCAGAAGACGAUGGAGAGGAUCAAGGUGAUCGUGCACGCCAUCGGCCAGGAGCUGCAGGUCACCGGGCCGUUCAACCUGCAGCUGAUCGCCAAGGAUGACCAGCUGAAGGUGAUCGAGUGCAACGUCCGAGUCUCCCGCUCCUUCCCCUUCGUCUCCAAAACGCUCGGUGUGGACCUUGUUGCCUUGGCGACUCAGGCCAUCGUGGGGGAGGAAGUGGAGCCAAUUGGGCUGAUGAGAGGGAAAGGGAUAGUGGGAGUCAAGGUUCCCCAGUUUUCCUUCUCCCGGCUGGCCGGAGCGGACGUGGUGCUCGGGGUGGAGAUGACCAGCACCGGAGAGGUGGCUUGUUUCGGGGAGAACAGAUACGAGGCUUACCUGAAAGCCAUGCUCUCCACAGGCUUCAAAAUCCCCCAAAAGAACAUCCUGCUCUCCAUCGGCAGCUAUAAGAACAAGAGUGAGCUGCUGCCCACGGUGCAGGCUCUGGAGUCGAUGGGUUACGACCUGUACGCCAGUCUGGGGACUGCAGACUUCUACACAGAACAUGGAGUCAAGGUGAAAGCAGUGGACUGGCCGUUCGAGGAGGAGGAGAGCGACUGUCCCAACAAAGAGAAGCAGCGCAGCAUCAUGAACUACCUGGAGGAGAACCACUUCGACCUGGUCAUCAAUCUGUCCAUGAGGAACAGCGGGGGCCGCCGGCUCUCCUCCUUCGUCACCAAAGGCUACCGGACCAGACGCAUGGCCAUCGACUACUCUGUGCCGCUCAUCAUCGACAUCAAGUGCACCAAGCUCUUCGUGCAGGCUCUUCAUCAGAUUGGUCGGACCCCCCCAGUGAAGACUCACAUCGACAGCAUGACAUCACAGACGCUGGUCCGUCUGCCGGGUCUGAUCGAUGUGCACGUCCACCUGCGGGAGCCCGGGGCCACACAUAAGGAGGACUUCUCCUCCGGCACAGCUGCUGCUCUGGCAGGAGGGGUCACCAUGGUGUGUGCGAUGCCCAACACGUCCCCCGCCAUCACCGACGCCAGCACCCUGACCCUCGUGCAGAAGCUGGCCAAGGCGGGCUGCCGCUGCGACUACGCUCUGUACCUCGGCGCCGCUUCAGACAACGCCGCGGUCCUGCCGUCCAUCGCUAGCCAGGCGGUGGGCUUGAAGAUGUACCUGAACGACACGUACUCCACCCUCAAGAUGGACAACGUGGCUCUCUGGAUGGAGCACUUUGAGAAGUGGCCGAAGCAGAUGCCCAUCGUGGCUCAUGCUGAGAAGCAGACGGUGGCUGCCAUCCUGAUGGUGGCUCAGCUGUACCAGCGGCCGGUCCACAUCUGCCACAUCGCCAAAAGGGAGGAGAUUCUGAUCAUCCGGGCAGCGAAGCAGAAGGGCAUCCAGGUCACAUGUGAGGUGGCUCCUCACCACCUCUUCCUGUGCGAGGAGAACAUCAAUCGGAUCGGUGACGGGCGGGCGCAGGUCCGACCCAUGCUGGGGUCACUGGAGGACAUGGAGGCGCUGUGGGAAAACCUGGACAUCAUCGACUGCUUCGCCACAGACCACGCCCCCCACUCUGUAGAAGAGAAGACCGGGGAGAAUGCCCCUCCUGGUUACCCCGGCCUGGAGACCAUGCUGCCUCUCCUGCUGACCGCCGUGAGCGACGGACGCCUCACUCUGGAUGACAUCAUCACACGUCUCUAUGACAACCCGCGCAAGAUCUUCAACCUGCCCGUCCAGGAGAACACCUAUGUGGAGGUGGAUUUGGAGCAGGAGUGGGUUAUUCCUCAGGCCAUGCAGUUCACCAAGUCCAAGUGGACACCUUUCGAGGGUAUGAAGGUGAAGGGCAAAGUGCGUCGCGUGGUUCUGAGGGGAGAGGUGGCCUACAUCGACGGACAGGUGCUGGUGCCUCCGGGUUAUGGUGAGGAUGUGAAGACGUGGCCCCCCGCCUCCAUCACCCCUGCUGAACCUGUCAAAGAGACUCCCAUGACUCCCACUCCACCCCGGGACGGCCUGGUCCGAACGCGAGCUCCCAGCCCGCGACGGAUAGCCGGAGAGAGCCGCUACCUGCUGCCCCCACGCAUCCACCGCUCCUCAGACCCUGGAUUCACACCAGAGAUGAUGAUGCUCCCCCCGGCCGUCACUGUUGACGGGUAUAGCCAUCCCCCGCCUCUGUCCCGGCUGCUGUCCCCUCAGUCGGCUCCGGGACUCCCUGCAGGACAGAUGUCUCACUUCCAGACAUCUCCUCUGCUGCACGCGCUGGUCGGGCAGCACAUCCUGUCUGUCAGGCAGUUCAGCAAAGAGCAGAUCUCGCACCUCUUUAAUGUCGCGCACACUUUGCGGUUGAUGGUUCAGAAGGAGCGGAGCUUGGACCUCCUGAAGGGUAAGGUGAUGGCCUCCAUGUUCUACGAGGUGAGCACCCGCACCAGCAGCUCCUUCGCGGCAGCCAUGCAGCGCCUGGGCGGCUCUGUGGUUCACUUCAGCGAGUCCACCUCGUCCACGCAGAAGGGCGAGUCUGUGGCAGACUCCGUUCAGACGAUGAGCUGCUACGCCGACGUCCUGGUGCUGAGACACCCGACGCCCGGAGCUGUGGAGAGUGCGGCGCGUCAUUGCCGUAAGCCGGUGAUCAACGCUGGAGACGGAGUCGGGGAGCAUCCCACCCAGGCUCUGCUGGACGUCUUCACCAUCAGAGAGGAGCUGGGGACGGUCAACGGCAUGACGAUAACGAUGGUCGGAGAUCUGAAACACGGCCGCACGGUUCACUCUCUCGCCAAACUGCUGACUCAGUACCGCAUCACGCUGCGCUACGUGGCUCCCAAGAACCUCCACAUGCCGGCUGAGAUCAUCAGCUACGUGGCCUCAAAGGGCAUCAGACAGGAGGAGUUUGAGAGCAUCGAGGAAGCUCUGCCUGAGACAGACGUCCUCUACAUGACGAGGAUCCAGAAGGAGCGGUUCGCUUCUGAGGAAGAGUACAAGGCUUGUUUUGGCCAGUUCAUCCUCACCCCUCACAUCAUGACUGUAGCCAAGAAGAAGAUGGUGGUGAUGCAUCCGCUGCCCAGAGUCAAUGAAAUCAGUGCUGAGGUGGACACGGACCCCCGGGCGGCAUACUUCCGCCAGGCGGAGAACGGCAUGUACAUCCGCAUGGCGCUGCUGGCCACCGUGCUGAGCAGAUAGAUCCCUGCGCUGCCCAAAUUGGGAUUUAUUUUUUGGAACAACUCGUUAGACACAGCGUUUUCCUUCCUGAAAUCUGUGGCUUUCUUGUUCCUGGUCCUUUAACGUGGAGCUGGUAAAGUAAAAUCCAACAAUAAGCCAUAAAGGGAUAUUAUUGUGUUACAUCAUGCUGCUUUCCUUACGAUUGAAUCGGCACUAUUUGCGUUCCUUUUCUUCAUACAUCACCUGCAAAAAUACUGCAUUCUUUCACAGCAAUUUUUCAAUUCAGCUGCUUCUUAAAAUGCUUUUUUUGUACGAGUGAGAGUUUCUUUAAGCAUUGUUUGUUUGUUUGUUGACAAUGGUUAAGUAUUGGCAGUAUGUGUGCACCGGUGAGCCAUAGCCUAAGUAAACUCUGACAAUAACUGUGUUGGUUGCUGGGUAAGAUGUACCGGCAUUAAAGGGACCAGUUAAGAUACUUAAAAGGGACAACACUUUGUAAGGGAUUGCUGUUUGUCUGACCCAUAACAAUGAUAUUUACUAAUGUCUCCUUUACCUUUUCUGUGUAACAUUACCUGAAAGUGGAAAUGCACAAUUUGGAUUUGGAUGGUUUAGUGUCAUUGCCUUGUAUUCCGUAGCAGUGUAGGAUUGUUUUUACCUAAAUGGUGAUUUAAAUGUUGGUGAAUUUCUUUGUAUUGUGUGUAGAAAUAAAUAAUAAAAACAGAUUUCCUUUUGCAA